CGUUUGAGGGUUUAACUCAUUUUUUUUUCAGAUUCCAGGAAAUAUUGAUUCGGAUCAGUUUUGCUUCAUAUGCGAUGAACUUUGUGGUGGAGGAGUUAGCUUGCGCGACUUCUCAUGUUCAUUAUGUUGGCGUGUGAUACAUACAGCUUGUAUGAGGAAGAAUGUCUCUGGUUAUUGCGAUUUUGGUUCAUAUCGUUAUUUCACUUUCCCGCCAGAUAACGUCUACACUAAACGCGUUGGAAAGCGAACGGUGAUCGAAGAAGUUGUACUACCAGAACAGGAAGAUUUCAAGCCUAUAAUCGCUUUGGUUAAUACAGUAUGUGGCUCCUGUACUGGGAAGUUAGUGUACAGGACCUUCCUCCGCCACCUACAUCCGAAACAGGUUAUUGACGUUCAGAAAGACAACAUCAAAGUGGCUCUGCAAUGGAUUGAUGACAAUCUUGAGGCGGAUGUACGUCUAAUCGUAGCUGGUGGUGAUGGUACUAUCUCCAGCGUUCUUGAGAUACUGGAGGAUUUUCGGAGAAAGCCACCGUACCUCAAUGAUGUCCACGCAGCUGCCCUGCAAAAACUAGACCGUUGGAAAAUUAUGAUAAAGUCUAAAAAUCAGUUUGGACGAAGGACAGUCAUCAAAAACAUGAAGAUGAGUAAUUAUGUCUCCAUUGGAGUUGACGCCAGUGUCACUUUGGGUAUGCAAAAAACCAGAAAAAACCUACCAAGGGCACUAAGUAGCAGAUUAGUUGAACUCCCUGAUAUAGAAGGAAUUGUGUUCUUGAACAUACAGUGCUGGGGAGCUGGUGUGCAGCCGUGGAAAUACGCGGAUGAAGAGCGGCCCCAAAAUUUAGAUGAUGGUGUGUUCGAAGUUUUCGCGGUGACAUCAUCCUUCCAUAUUGCUCAAAUGCAGGUUGGGCUAGCCUCACCACUCUUCAUAGGCCAGGCGCGGAAAGCUGUUGUUGUUACGAAAAAUGGAUCAAAACUUCCUAUGCAGUGGUAUGUUUUUACACUUUAA